UUCAUCCUCGGAUGUAGAAUAGACACCCCCCGUGUCCCAUCCUCACCCUAGGCCUAGGCCCUAUCACAAGUCUUCCAAAUUACCAUCUUCCAAUCACUAAACUCUAAACAAAACCAUUGCAUGAUUUGCAAUCUUCCUUAUUUUAUUCUCCUCGAUUCUCUUCCUCUUCUGCUAGCUGUUGAUGCAAAUACAUUUAACUAAUCAUCGUCAUCAUCAAUUCAUCAUCUCCACAUUCACAAACAAAAUUGGCAAUUAAGCCCAAUAAACUAACAGCUCACCUUAUUACCAAAUCCAUUUCCCAAAAAAAAUCCCAAAAGAAAUCCCAAAAUUUUCCCCCUAUUUAUAGAUGAUUAUGAUGAAAUCUAAACCCCCAAUUCUUCCUAUAACCAAUAAUAAUAACAAUAAUCAUAUUCACCCAUCAUCAUCAUUUCUGGGUUCUUCAACAAUGUUUGUUCAAAGAUCUAAUUAUGAAUUACCCACUUCCCAUCUUCUAAUUUCUCAAAUUGAUGAUGAUUUUAAUUCUAAUUCCAUUGAAAAAAAACCCCUUCUUUCUAAAGCUUUCAGCUUUGCCGGAGGAUCACCCCCUUCAACCACCCAACAACAGCGCCGCCGCCGAAGCGCUAGCGAUGAUAAUCUGCAUUUGAUUUCAAAUGGGGAGGAAAAUGAGGGUGAAUCUGUUGCUACCAGUGUUGAGCAUGCUGCUGCUGAGACUUUUUUGAUCACUCGUCUCAGUUUUAAGCUUCUUGGUUAUCUGGGGGUAGGUUACAGAUGGAUCAUAAGAUUCUUUGCCCUUGGUUGUUAUGCCAUUUUUCUGAUGCCUGGUUUUAUUCAAGUUGGCUAUAAGUAUUUUUGUUCAAGUCGUAUCCGCAGAGGUAUAGUCUAUGGUGAUCAACCUAGAAACAGUCUUGAUCUAUACUUGCCCAAGAAUAACAAUGGGCCAAAGCCAGUUGUUGCAUUUGUAACGGGUGGAGCCUGGAUAAUUGGUUACAAAGCAUGGGGUUCUCUUCUGGGGCAACAAUUAUCUGAUAGAGACAUUAUUGUUGCAUGCAUUGAUUAUAGAAAUUUUCCUCAGGGUACAAUGAGUGCUAUGAUAGAAGAUGCUUCCCGUGGAAUAUCAUUCGUCUGCAAUAAUAUCGAAGAAUAUGGAGGUGAUCCUAAUAGGAUAUAUUUGAUGGGGCAGUCAGCUGGUGCUCAUAUUUCUGCUUGCACUCUUGUUGAGCAAGCCAUCAAAGAGGCAGGUGGUGAAGGAGAAAGUGUUUCUUGGAGUGUUUCCCAGAUAAGAGCUUAUUUUGGAUUAUCAGGAGGGUACAAUUUGCUAAACCUAGUUGAUCACUUCCACAGUAGGGGUUUAUACCGUUCCAUAUUUUUGAGUAUUAUGGGUGGGGAGCAUUCGUUGCGGCAUUACUCGCCUGAAGUCGUGGUGCAGGAUCCAAAUGUUAGAAGUGCUGUUUCAAUAUUACCUCCAAUGACCCUAUUCCACGGGACUGGUGACUAUUCCAUUCCAUCAGACGCUAGCGUAAAAUUUGCUGAAACACUGCAAGGACUUGGCGUAGAAGCUCAAGCAAUAUUGUAUGAAGGAAAGACUCAUACUGAUGUUUUUCUCCAGGAUCCAAUGAGGGGUGGUGAUGACCCAAUGUUUGAAGAUUUAGUUGCUAUAAUUCAUGCCGAAGAUGAAGAAGCACUUGCCAAUGAUGCAGUGGCACCUCAAAGGAAACGCCUUGUGCCAGAAUUUAUGUUGAAAUUGGCUCGUGCUGUUAGUCCCUUCUAAUUGUUUUAGAAAUUUAUUUUACAAUUUGAAGAAACCAGAUGUCAUACCAUUAGUUCAGCUGUUUUUUAGCAGCCAUUCUUUGUAUAUAGUUGUCUGUAAUUUGAGUUCUAUAUAGACUAUUUUUGUAACCGAAUUAGGCCCUAACUUUCUAUACUAGGUCUGAGAAGAAUCGGUAAUGUAAUGUAAUCAGUUUUUUUGGAAAUAUGCAACUUUAGACUCAACUCUAGACUCUUGAUAUACUAGUAUAUUUUCUUC